AUGCCAUUCCUCGUGCUGCUGAACCUUACUCACAAACUUUCCGCUUUUCAAACUCAACGUGUUAUGCGAUGGCGAUUGCUGUUGGAAGAGUUUGGUCCAACCUUUCAUUACAAGCCGGGCCCCCAGAACGUCCUUGGUGACGCCCUCAGCCGGGUGCCCACUGCUCGCGAAGAUCGCGACAGUGCCGAUUCCGAUCCCCUAUCCACAUCUACCGACGGAUGUUAUUCCAUUGUGGAGGAGAAUCGAAGGUUGGCUGAAUGUUUGAUGCAUCAUCCAGACGACGGUAUGGAAGAAUCUUUCUUGGAGCAUCCUACAUUCGACGGUGAAGGACGGAAUCCUUUCAAUUUCUCAGUUCUCGCGGAGUACCAAGCAGCUAGUGCAGUUUUGCAACAGACCGUAGUUGAUAACCCGGAACGAUUUUUCAAGAAGAUGUUUGGAAACAGUGAGCUGAUAUGCUUUCGUCAGAAUGACGAGGACAAGAUUGUCCUGACAAAAGAGUUGCUUCCCAAGUUGGUCAGCUUCUAUCACAAGUCCAUGGCACAUGUCGAAGGCAUGGAUCGUUUAGAACAAACGAUCAAGACACAUUUCUACCAUAGAGGUAUUCGCGACGAAGUCCGAAAACAAAUUGAGCAGUGCGAAGCAUGUGCGAAGCAUGUGCGAAGAACAAACGAGCAUGACAUGCUUAUGGAGAAUCUGCUCCACGUGAUGCUACGGCGAUGCCCUGGCAAGAAGUCCAUUGUGACACAAUCGGUCCGUGGAAGAUUGAGUUACGACAACGAACGUUGA